AUGGAGGAAAUAACUCUAGAAAUAGCCGACAAUGAAAAGAAAAAAGACAAAGAAGAAAUACAGGUCGCUGGAACAGAAGAAAGCAUCGUAACAAUAGACACAACUGACAAGAGAACCCGCCGAGCCCAACGACAAGAGUAUACAUUCGCAGCUAAAAAAACCGUGGCCCAGGGUAUGAUGGACGUGGCGUUGAUAACUGCGAAUGCCAAUCAGCUAAGAUAUCUCAUCGAGUACCAGCGCGAAAGCCCGACAUUUUUUGUAAUAGUCUUCCUGAUCGUGUUCAGCCUGGUCCUGCAGAUCGCCGUUGGCAUCAGCUUGAUCUUCAAAGGCCGGUUUGACAUUAAGGGAAAAUCAAAAUCUCCUGAAGCCCAGAUGAUAAAUAAUUACGUAGUUGUCGGUGUUUUUCUCAUCACUAUUAUAAAUGUUUUCGUCGCGGCCUUCAGUGUCACUUCUCCGGCUUCAAUUCCACUGUCACCUAAUGCAACUAAUCAAUAA